UACUUGGAUUACUUAGUUGAAUGAAACACUAACUAACGUGUGGUUGUUAAGGGAGGAUAAAGUGAAAUAUAUAAGAACAUAAGAACUUCAUAUAUAUUUAAAGGAAAACAGAGUGGGGGUUUAAUGUGUAGUUUGGAAAUUUUCAUACUUUUAAGGAAAUAACUAUGGAAAUUGGGGGGAUUUUGACAUAUGAAGGGUGUAAUUUUUUCCGCCAGAAACUCAUCUUAGCAACAUUAAGUGGGAAACCUGUACGAGUUAAGAAUAUAAGAGUAACAUCAGAAGAACCAGGACUUAAAGAUUAUGAAGCCAGCUUCAUUCGCCUCAUUGACUGUAUUAGUAAUGGCAGCCGCAUUGAAGUAAAUGAAACUGGUACAGCAGUAUUAUACAAACCUGGUGUGUUAGUUGGGGGACAUCUUGAACACAGUUGUCCCAAUCAACGAGGAAUAGGAUACUUCUUAGAGCCGCUAUUUAUGCUAGCACCAUUUUGCAAGAUUCCUUUGAACAUUACGAUGAAGGGUGUCACAAAUAACAAGUUGGACCCAUCAGUUGACAUGAUUCGAUCAACCCUGUUGCCUGUACUGAAGAAAUUCUUGGUAGUUGAUGAUGGGUUGAGCUUAAAGAUGAUUAAACGUGGUCUGCCACCCAGCGGAGGUGGUGUGGUGACCUUCACCUGCCCUGUCAGAAGGACACUUAAACCAUUUCAGUGGGAGGAGAGUGGAAAGAUCAAGCGCAUCCGAGGUGUAGCAUACACCAGCAGAGUGACCCCAACUGUUGCCAACCGUAUGCUUGAUGCUGCCAAGGGAGAGUUUCUCAAAUUCCUGACUGAUGUAUAUUUGGCUGUAGAUAAUGCUAAAGGCAGUUCUCCAGGGUUUGGUUUAUGUGCAGUGGCAGAAACAAAUAUGGGAUCAUUUAUGUGUGCUGAAGCCAUUUCUAACUCCCCUGGAGAAGAUGCUGAGGCAAAGCUUCCAGAGGAUGUUGGCCGAGAAGCAGCCUGGAGGUUAUUAGAAGAGAUUUACCGUGGUGGCUGUGUGGAUACUCUUUCUCAAUCUCUUGUGCUUCUUUUUAUGGCUCUAGCACCUAAAGAUGUGUCCAAAAUUGUUUUAGGACCUAUUGCUCCAUACACGAUGCACUUCCUUCGUCAUCUGCGUGACUUUUUCCAGGUGACAUUUAAAAUUGAUGAAUACAAAGAGAAGAAUUUUAGUUUUUCUGAUGAAGUUUCAGAGGCAAGAACAGGAGCCAGUAAAUUGUUGCUAACAUGCAUAGGUGUUGGUUAUUCUAACAUCAGUAAGGGACAGACCUAAUGAUUGAACCAUAAUAAAAAUGAAUACAGUUUGUGAAAUUGCAAUUAAUGCAUUUAAGGAAACGUAUCAUUGAAUCAUUUCUUGACAAAGGAUGGUUUGUCUAAGAGAUUUUUCAUUCAGUAAAUUUUAUAUUAUUCAAAAUAUAAAAUGCUGUAAAUAAAAUUGUUUCACACUAAA